GUCUCAUCCUAUUAAUUUUACUUUCCAAACCAAAUUUCCACUUUCUCAGUUGAAGACACACCUAUAAAGUCACUUCAGAUAGUGUUCAAAUAAUAGAAACUUCUAUAAUGUGGAUGCAGUGUCUUCAGACACAACUGGUUCUUGCUCUCAAAAAUUAAAGAAUAAAAGUUCUAACUCUCAUCAUACUCUUCUUGACCAUUUAACCUUCCUAACCAAAACCUCUUCAAUGUACUUUACAAUGAAAUCAAUGAAUUAAAUACCUCUGAGUAACAACCCUAUAACCAAUUCAGGUAUAUUCACGAGAAAAUGAGAUGCGUAUGAGCAGCCAAAGUGAAUUUCUCCAGCAAACGAGGUCAGACCGAGAACGUGACCAGUCGAGUUCCGAUCGUUCACCAAGAAGCAUCCUCCAAUGUCCUGCUGAACCCGCCAAACACGCGAAAUGCGAACCCUGUUACUCAUCUUCGCGAUUCUCUGUGUUGGAGACUGCACGCAAAAGUUCAACGAUAGUGUCAUCGAUUCGAAAGAGAUUUUUUUGACCAAGGAUGCAUUCCGGAUAAAAAACAGAGAGUUAACCCUGAAGAAGCUGCAGGAGUUGCUGAAGCAAGCUAGUUCCAGCUCGAACUCCACUGGCGAGGUGACCGUGACCAGACAAGGUCCCUGCAAAUGCACAGGAAGCGUCUGCAGUUGCUGCUCCAGAAUUCUGUUCGACACCUGGAAGCAGAAGGCUUGCAUGAACGUGACGUACGAUGCGGACGAGUUCAGCUUCACUGUGAACAUCAUGAUGAACGACAGAGUUUUGUUUACUAGAACUGUCUCUGGGAAGAAUCCUAAACCGGUGUGCGUGUCGAUACCGCAGUUACCGAUCAUCAAAGCCUGCGUUCGUUUUUAUAACAUAUACUUUGUUGGAAGAAACAUCCACAUGUGCGUGAGCAUGGAGGGAGUCUUUCAGCAGACAACGGUAUUUAAUCUUGGAUUGGACUGCAUUAGAUUCGGUGUUAAUGGAGUCGCUGUGGUCAAACCUGAGGACGGAGGUGGACUCAUGCAAAUACAAUUUCUACCUGGUGAUAACGGUGAUAGGGUGGACUAUGAUUAUGACAGUGAGGAUGAAUGAAACGACUUCAAAAAAUGACAUGAUUUAAAAAAUGACACGACUUCAAAAAAUGACAUGACUUCAAAAGUGACAAGAUUUAAAAAAAUGAUACGACUUCAAAAAAUUACCCAACUUCAAAAAGUGACAUAAUUUUAAAAAAUGACAACUCUGAAGUCCGUUAAAAUAUUUUUAAUAAUUCACAUAAAAGACUGAGGAUACUUACAAAAUUGCGUUACAACACUAGCCAUUUAUUACAGUGAACAAUUUCUGUAAUGAUACCUGUCGAAUAAACGCAUUUUUCACAAUA